AGAUACAACAUUGGCGCGAUUAAAUUGAAUUCACACUCAGCCUCGGUUUGGCAUUUUAAACCAAUCCCGUUCCAGACUCCGAAGUGUUCAGUUGUGUACUUCAUUUUUAACACAUCUAGUGUAUUUUUUCUGUUUAACUAUUGUGUUCAAACUAUUGUAAACAUGAAGGUGCUGAUUGUUUUGGCGAUAUUUGGGUGCUCGACGCUGCUGGUAAACGCUGAUCAAGCAAAGAAAGCAAUAGUUUUCCUGCAAAGCACAGCUGGAGUGGUAGGAAAUGUGACUUUGUCGCAGCCCUCGUGCACGGAGCCCGUUUUCAUAGAAGUCAGCGUGAUCGGAUUGACGCCCGGAAAGCACGGAUUCCAUAUCCACGAGAAGGGAGAUCUUAGCGAUGGCUGUGCCAGCACUGGUGGCCACUACAACCCCGACAAAGUGUCACAUGGUGCCCCCAACGAUCAGGUGCGUCACGUAGGAGAUCUUGGAAAUAUUUUGGCCGAUGAGCACGGCAUUGCGAAAACUUCCUUCUCCGAUACGGUCGUCUCCCUGUACGGCUCCCGCUCUGUCCUUGGCCGUGGCAUCGUGAUUCAUGCUGAAAUUGAUGAUCUGGGCAAAACAAACCACCCUGACUCGCUCAAGACUGGAAACGCCGGUGGACGGGUGGCCUGUGGAGUUAUUGGAGUGUUGUAGAGCCGAGUUUUGUUUACUUAUUGUUUGAUUUUUUUUUAUACAAAAAAAGCAAGCGGUUUGUGACAGUGAUUUGAGUUUUUGCUGUUAUUUUGACGCCUUUAUGGAGGUGGUUUCCGAUUCGUGAUGUGUUGUUUGUUCAAAUGGUAGCAUUAAAUAAUAGCCACAAACCUCACUUAA